AUGUUGCGCGAAAAUCAGGAGCGUCCUCCAGCGUACGUAGAAGAACUAAUAAAUAACACUCUAUUUGCAGAGCGAGUGUUGUAUGCAAGAAAUAAAUUUCUCUCCACUUCUAAGCCUGCUGUGACAGGCGGGAAGCCUAUAACUGAGGAGCUUGCUAUCGAGCUUCGUAUGACAACAUUCGGUACUGCCGCGUGCCCGCCUCGUGGUGAAUGGAUACAUUCACCGUUGGUCCUUCGAGCACCCGACCAGCCGCUUGCUUACGGUCUGGCCGCGCCGCGUAACAGCACCCGAUCUUUACUCUCCGGUCUACAAGCCCAUCUAAUAAAGUGGCUACUCUUCGAUUCUAGACCAAUGACUAAGGACAACAAGUCAACGGAACCACCUGAAAGCUAUUUGCGUCCGUCAGACGAACGACAGGAGGAAGCACUUUGGCGGGCGUGUAGUGAAGUGAUUUGGCGCUGCGGCGGAGGAUUUAAUUCACAAAAUCCACCAGAGACAAAGGUUACAGUUGCUCUGCCUACAGGGAAAACAUACGUGCAGCAUAGUGCACAGUACUAUCAGGAUGGUGUUACUGAAAAGCUGCAUUUAUUUGAAUUCAACAAAUUGGAGGAUUUGCAGAUCUUCAUAAAGCGCUAUCUGUACGUGUUUCUACUGGAUGAAGGAGCUGGUGCGUUAUUGAUGCUUUAUGCUGCUGUAUUAUCCAGAGGAUGUGAGAAUAUUAUUAAAGAUCUCGAUGGAAAAUUAAAUUAUUUGGUAUCGACCCAAGUGGAAGGUUCCAUAAAUGUGACAAUGUUGGUUCUCACUGGUAGAGCUACUCCGUAUCUACACAAUGGCGUUAUGUAUGUUGGUGACGAGGAUCAUUAUGCGAUGCCUCAAUUUGGAGUACUGUUUCGCAGUCUCGUCGGUCUGCUGGUCUGGUAUGGAAGUGACGACAAUGGCUCUGGUCAACUUACCAAGCAACAUCCUGGCUCCAGAUUGAAAACGCCAGCUUUACCUAUAUGGGUGACCUGCUGCUCUGGGCAUUACGGUGUAUUGUUUAAUACAAAUCGAGAAUUACUCAGGAAUUAUCAUGCUGAACGUCGGUUCGACAUCCAUUACUACACGUGCGGUGGAUGCCACGUGGUCCUCAACGUUGACACUAGAAGCCACGAGGACGUCGCUGGCAGUCUACGCUCUGAUGACAUCAGCGCAACUCCUUUGGAGAAACUUAUUCAUACCAAAUGGCAAGAUGCGAAGAUAACAUGGACCGGAACUGUACCGCAUAUUGGAGAAAGCCCGAAAUGA